ACUUUACGGAUGCAGACCAAUGCCGAAAGUUGGAGUUUACGCCUGAAAAGGCAUUUGAUGGCAGACGUCUCAUAAACCACGUGAUUCGCACCGUUGAAAUCAUGGAAAUGGAUUUUUGUGAGAAAAUGUGUUAUAUGGAACCAGACUGUGUCAGCAUUAAUCUUGAAAAACGAGCUGGUGGAAAUGGAGGGUACAAAUGUGAAUUGAAUAAUGUGACUCACGAAGGACAUGAACGCGAACUAAAGAUGGAAGACCAUUAUUUUUAUCGUGCAGCUGACAGCGCUUGUUUUGACAGCCCUUGCGGUAACAAGGCGACUUGUCAAAGCGGUUUUACUGACAAAGGAUAUCGCUGUUUGUGUACCAGUGGAUUCAAAGGACCAAACUGUAAAAAAGAUGUAAACGAGUGCGCUGACGGUACAUCCAACUGCAGUGCUGAUGCUGUGUGCAAAAAUACCAAGGGAUCGUAUCGCUGCAAAUGCAAGCCAGGAUUUUCCGGAGAUGGAAAGACUUGUAAAACUAGUCCAAUUACCUCUUGCAAGGAACAAUAUGCGAAGGACAGUUCAUGUACGAGCGAGGUGUACCCGCUGAUGUUUGGUUCUCAGAAGAUUCCCGUUUACUGUCAUAUGGGAGACUUUGGUUGCGGAGAUGGAGGAUGGACUCUGGCUAUGAAGAUUGAUGGUAAAAAGGGAACAUUCCAUUACGAUUCUCACUUCUGGAGCGACAAGAAUUCUUAUAACCUUUUAGGAGGUAAGACCGGGUUUGACUCACAAGAGACCAAGUUACCGACCUAUUGGAAGACACCAUUCUCCAAGAUCUGUCUCGUUAUGAGGAUUGGCCCCCAGAAAAAGUUCAUCGUCAUGAGAAGGCAGGCCAACUCAUUGUUCUCACUGCUCGCUGACGGAAAAUACCGAAACACAACAAUAGGGCGUAGCACAUGGAAGACGCUUAUUGGUUUGGAGGCCUCCUUGCAGCCUAACUGCAACAAAGAUGGGUUCAAUGCUAUGGGAAGUGCUAAGGGAUCUUCCAGAGCAAGGAUUGGUUUCCUUGGAAAUAAUGAGGGAGACUGCGUGACUCCUGAUUCUAGAAUUGGCUUUGGCACAGGAGGAUACCAUGAUGACACCAACACGUGUGGAAACGAGGCUUUAGACCAUCCCUCGUCAGAUAAUGGAGGAAAACACAUCAAAGCCAUGGGAUACAUCUUAGUGCAGUGA